UCCACAUACCUCUCCACAAAGAUCUACAACCCUGCAUAGAUCCUCCACCAAAGUCAAUGCUGAUAUUAAUAUGACAUUUCUGAAAUCAGUAAAAUUAUAAUCCUGACCCAAGCAACUGUGAGCUAUCUCCUGUCUUCUGGAUUGAGAGGAAGGGCAGCUUGAAUUUCCUUGAAAUGCCAAUACCAAAAUUCUUUACAUUCCAGCUAAAAAUGCUUUGCUCACCAUGAGACUUUGUCUUCUGCCCUGCCUUUUAUCUCCUGGUUUCCAUUCAGAUUUGAUGUAUAACUAUUAGUGGUUAACUCAUGGUCACAUAUUUUUUGGUCUUCUGUUGCAAGGAUGUGCACUCCCCAAGUGUCAUUAAUACAAAGCUGGGGCUGCACCAAAUACAGUGGAAUAGAUAGACCCUUCCCCAGUCCUUCCAGUUGAUACCCUAGCCUCUUUGCCGACAGCUGUCGUUCCAGUUUAUGCCCCUCCUUACCAGACAGCAGGGAUCUACCUCAAACAAACCCAGCCCUGAGGGGCUCUUCCUGUGAGGACAACAGAAGAAAAGCACACAGACAACGUGGAGGCUGUUAAGUACCCAGAGAAGUAAGAAAACAUUUUCUCUCUGGGAUUAUGCUUGGAAUAUGCAACAGAAAUGUCAGAGAUAAAGAAGAAAACCACUAGAGUUUCUCUGACCAUCAGUUCCCCUGUUAAUGAAACCUCCAAUAUCAGAUCAAGUUAUUCUACCUUAGUUCAACCACUGUGUAUUGACCCCCAGAGGAUGCAGAGUCCCUGCAGCAGCCUGUCGGGAUCCACUUGUGUAGUAGCCCCUGUGUUUACCAAGCAUCUUCAAGACAUCUCUACAACCAGAGGUCAGUGUGUCGUGUUUGAAUGCCGAGUCCAGGCCACAGCCACAGUUCAAGUUCACUGGUACAGAGAGAAAGAGCAGAUAGCAGACUCAGAUGACUUCCGAAUUCUGAGAAAAAAAGCUUGUUUAUCAUCCAUUCCUGGUAAGUACAAUUUUUCAACAUCUUGAAAAUAAAUAAUUAAACCAAAUUUAGCAUCAGAAGACUUUGUCUCCUAAGCCACUUUUGCCUUCAGGAGCAGUUUUGAGGCUACCCUAUGCCAACUCUUGAACUGCUACAACAGAAGAAGCAAGAUAACUGGGAUUUAUCAGUGUAUUUAUUCGUUUAUUCAUUCAUUCAACAUGUAUUUACUAGACACAGGCUAUGGCCAGGUUCCAUUCUUCACACUGAGGAGUCCCUGCCCUCACAGGGCACCAAUUCUUCCUCUAAUUCCAUUUGGCAUAUUAUUUGUGCCUCAUGAGCAACAUACAGAGGCAGUAAGGAGGUGUCCUGACAUCAUAUAUCCAAAUUGUUGACUGUCUAAGAAGUAUGUGUGGUGCCCAUCACACAGUGGCCAUCACUGUCUAACUACCAUGGCAAUAAUAAUCUUUAGGUCAGUUCAGAAAGUCUUUCUAUAGGACCUUUAUGCCAAGCACUAAAGCUACAGAAAUCUAGAAUUCAAGAGAUAAAAGUAUAAUCCCUGCUUUUAAGAAACUCAUAGUCUAGUAGAGAAAACAGAUGUGUCUAAGAAGUAGGUGUUAGGGACCAUGCUGGGAUUAUUUUAGGUUGUAUUUUUAAGAUUUAUCUUCAUGAGCCCACUCAAAGACACAAAAACUAAUCAGAUGGAUUUUUUUAAAUCUUAGGAAUACAAUAUUUAUUCCCAGUACCUACUCUCCCUGACAUCCUCUCACACUGUUUGUUAAUUUGAGGGAUCCAAAUACUCUGGUCAAGUUGACUCUCUCUCCUUUCCAGAGGAAGUGUGCACCUUAAUUAUCGCAGAAGCAUUUCCUGAAGAUUCUGGGGAAUUCAAGUGCAUUGCAGAAAAUGAGGCUGGGACUGUAGUCU